AUGGAGGGUUUUGCAAGCAAGUUGCCCUUCGGGCACUCGCGCUCGAAAUCGCAAUCCCAAGAACAAGACACCUCCCUCACGACGCUGCUCACAGCAGACCAAUGCGCCGACCUCACAUUCCUGAUCGCCACAGUCACCAUGACGAUGCGUAACUCUCUCCUCGACACAUUCACCCCUGAAGAAAUGCCUGCAGACGCGAAACCCGCAAAGUCGGAAGAAGCAGCGCUGGCCGCUGCGCCGACGGACAUCGAGAACGCAGAUGUCGAGAAGGAGCACAAGCGUAGGAAGGAGCAGGAGCAAUUGAGGAAGGACAGGGAAAAGAGACAGGGAGAUGCGAGGAAGGAACUCGCGAAGCCAGAAGUGCAGGAGCUGAAGAAGGCGAUGCUCAAGUACUUCGAUGAGUGGCGCGGCAGGGUGGUGGGGAGGGUGGGCGAGGUGGUGAACUCGAGGGAGAAGGCGAAGCAGCAGAGCAGGGAGGUGAAGGAAGCCGAUGUGGAGAGGACAGUCAAGAGGAGCGAUACCGGCAUGAAGAGUCUCAGUGGCAUAGAUGAUAAGGGCGAGGACGAGGACGCUGUGUUUAGGGAGCUGUACCCUCCGGUCGAGACGGUGCUGACGCAGCUGGAUCAGGAGAAGAGGGAGCUUGUGCUGCACUCUUUUGUACUCAUCGUGCUUAGUUUGGAGACGUACUCGGCGCAUUCGCGUGUGCUACUACUCUACCUUACCUCAUCGCUGCAGCUCAAGCUCUCGGUCCUGAAGAACGACGAGGAGACUGUUGCGCGUGGGCUUCUUGAAGCAGCGUCGAAGCAGCUCAGCGCUGAAGCCGAAACGAAGAAAGCCGCAGAGUCCUCGAGCACAGCGCGGAAAUGGAAAGUCGGCCUCGCUGGCGUCGCUGGCGCAGCCCUGAUCGGUGUCACAGGCGGUCUUGCCGCACCUCUUCUGGCCGCAGGGAUAGGCAGCGUAAUGGGAGGACUCGGCCUCGGAGCUACGGCAGCAGCAGGAUAUCUAGGUACACUCGCAUCUUCAUCCGUUCUAGUAGGUGGUCUCUUCGGCGCGUACGGAGCCAAGAUGACAAGCCAGGCCAUGGACGACUACGCACGCGAAGUCGAAGAUUUCGGAUUCAUUCCCAUCCACAACUUCCACCGCCCGCGGAAGCUCGACAAAGAAUUUCGUCGUCUACGCGUCGCAAUCGCCAUCUCAGGCUGGCUGACCAACAAAGAAGAAGUCGUCGUUCCAUGGCGCUACGUGGACCCCUCAAUCGAAGGCUUCGCUCUGCGAUGGGAGUUAGAAUCUCUCCUCAAGCUCGGCAACUCCAUGGACAGCUUCGUCAAGAGCGCAGCAUGGUCCUACGCCAAAGGCCAAAUCAUCAAGCGCACCGUCUUCGGCGCCCUCGCUGCGGGUCUCUGGCCGCUCGGUCUGCUCAAGCUAUCAUCUAUCUUAGAUAACCCUUUCUCCGUAGCUAAGUACCGUGCCGAUAGGGCAGGCGAAGUCCUAGCUGACGCCCUCAUCAACAAAGUCCAAGGCGAGCGCCCCAUAACACUUAUCGGCUACUCCCUUGGCGCCCGCCUCAUCUUCUCCUGUCUGCAGACCCUCGCAAAGCGCAAAGCCUUCGGUCUCAUCGAGAACAUUGUCCUCCUCGGCUCGCCAUGUCCGUCCGAUGCCGAAGACUGGAGAGCCAUCCGCAGCGUAGUCAGCGGCCGCGUCGUCAACGUCUUCUCCACCAACGACUACAUCCUCGCGUUCCUAUACCGCACGUCUAGCAUCCAGCUCGGCGUCGCAGGCUUACAACCCAUCUUGGGAAUACACGGCGUCCAAAACGUCGACGUCUCCGAAAUGGUGAACGGACACAUCCAAUACCGCUAUCUCACUGGCAGCAUCCUGAAGAAGAUUGGCUUCGAAGACAUCGACCUCGUAGAAGUCGAGCAGGAAGAGACCGAAAUGAAAGCCGUAGAAGAGAUGGAGAAGAAAGCGCAAAAGGAGAAGGAGGGUAAGGUUACUAACGAAGACGAAGAGAAGGCGCAGCUGGAGAAGGAUAUCGAGAGGAAGAAUGAGGCCAGUACUAUGGAUUGGAUGAUGGAGAAGAUGAAUGUGGGAACGCUGUGGGGAAGUGGGCGGAAGGAGAAGACGGAGGCAGAGAAGAUGGUGGAGUUGGAGAAGAGGGCGAGCGAGAAGGAUGAGGUUGGGACUAAAGGGGCUUGA